UCUUUUUAUCACCCUGACUGAAGUACCCUCCCAAGCCUCCCAAGCCAGUACCCAAGACUCUGACCCCAUGGAAGGGACCUCAGCAGCUGCAAAUUCCUCAAGCCUCCCUCCUCCAUCCCGAAGGUUAUCACAGAUAAGGCGUCAUAAGAAGAGAACGCGAGACGAGAUGUUUUCUGAAAUUAUGGAAUCCAGCCGCAGUGACAGAGCUCAUCUGAAUGAGUGGAAGGAAACAGUUUCAAAGUAUAGGAAAGAAGCCAGUGAACGUGAGGACAGGAGGGACCAACGUGAGGACAUGAGGGACCAACGUGAGGACAGGAGAGACGCUCGAAAUGAGAGGUGGCGGCAGGAAGACCAGAGGAGGCAGCAUGCAACGCUGGGGCUGCUGCGUGAGCAAACAGACAUGCUCCGGCGUCUGGUGGAGCUUCAGGAACGGCUGCUGGAAAACAGACUGCCGCUUCAGCCCCUGUUCCACCCUCCCCCCUCCCCAUGUUCCGUAUCCUCCUCACCCAGACGUGUAAGAACACGGGGGGGAGGCUCCGUACACCUUCCCAUUCCACCCCAGUAGACAGCCCAAGCAAAAGGCUGUCAUUUUUUUAACCUUUUCUUUGUGGCUUUUUCCUUCCCAGCAAUCCUCCUCCCAAAUACCACCCGGGUUCCC